GUCAUUUCUUCCUCUGUCAAAAUUAUGUCAAACAAACCGACAUGAAAGACUUUUCAGACCUUCAUCGAAUCUGAAACGACUUAGGAUAUAGGUACACUAAAUUAUAGCCAUUGGACUUAUUAUUACUUUAAGGCUUGUUUAGCCUUAAAUAUAUUUUGCCAAAGGAAUUUCUUGCUUUACUAAACAGUAAGUCUACUCGUUAAUAUCAAAUGACGUAUCUGUAAGUUCAAUUGUGCUAAUAAGUAUCAAUAAAUUCCAUUCAAUUACGUCUGCCAACAUGAAUGAAUCGCCUGAGGAUAGCAACAACUCUGGUGGGAAUGAUUUAGACACAUUGGAUUAUUUACGUGGGGUUAAAUCGUCAACGUGCUUGUUGCUACCAACAACACCGAGCCCCACACCGCUCGAUUUUAAACAUCCUCUUUCAGAAGAAAUGAGUGAACGUCCGUUUUUAACUUUAAACGAUGAUCCUAAUAUGGUCAACAUGCAGACAGGUGCCAAUAUUUCCGAUGCAUCUGCAGGAGAUUCCAGUUCUUCUGGUGAUUCCAAUUCAGUAGUACAAGAUCCGGUCAGUGCUCAGCUGAUCAACAACAUCAGUAUGCUGGACUAUCAAACUUUAAGCAAGAAUGGCGAUCUUAUCAUGGGACCGACUGAAGACUGCAAGCUCAAUGGAAAUCAUAGUGUCAGCAACCGAAAAUUACCAAACUUCGUCAAUUGGAACUGGAGUGUCAUCAGGAAAGUACUUCUUUGGAUUGUCUUGUCUGGUCUUGUUGCCUGUUUAGGUGCUAUAAUAGGUAUGGUUAUUACUAUUCCAAAAGAAUGUAAUCCAGAUUUGCCAUGGUAUCAAGGUAAAAUUUUCUAUGAAGUAUACCCAGCUAGUUUUAAAGAUUCAAAUAAUGAUGGCACAGGUGACUUAAAAGGAAUUUUGAAAAAGCUUGAUUAUAUCCAAGAUUUAGGCGCAUCUGCUAUUCGUCUGAAUUACAUUUAUCAAGCUCAUAAUUAUCGUGAACAAUACACCAAUAUCACUUCUCUAAUUCAAAUAGAUUCAAGUGUUGGUGAUCUAAAUGAUUUUAGAGCCUUAGUUACUGAAGUUCAUCGUAGAAAUAUGUCUUUGGUUCUUGAUCUACCUGUUGUUUCAUUGGCUAAAUCCGAUUCCCCAUCAAACUUUACUCACACCAUAUUGAUAUCUAAUGAAACUGUCACAAAUUAUGUUGAUAUUACUUCAGCAGCUAUAGCAUUCUGGUCAAGCGAGAAAGUAGACGGAUUUUAUUUGAAGGACUUAGAAAAUUUUGUUGAUGACAAUAGUUUCGGUAGGACAUUGCAGCUGUGGAAACAGAUGAUCGGGAGUGAUAAAAUUUUGAUGGUUAGCGAAAGUGCUUAUGAGAAAGCCAAGGGCGAUGCAUCAAACAUACUCUUAUCUCGGAUCGAUCUUAUUGAUAUUCACAUUGACUUGCAUGAAGGUAUUAAUGGUCUGAAAGAUCGAAUUAAUAAAGUAAUCGCUGGAACUCUGUGGACCAAACCUCACUAUCCGUGGGUCCAUUGGAAUAUCGGAAACAUUCAUAGCGAAAGGGUAUCUACCAAACACGUGAAUAAUACAUUAGCGCUAAUCGCUCUUGAGUUUGUGUUGCCUGGAACAGUCAGUAUAUUUUAUGGAGACGAAAUCGGACUUGGCAAUGUUGAAAGCGAUUUACACCAACAUAAAUAUAACAAAGUGCCAAUGACAUUUUCUGACGAAAAUAAUAACUCUGUUAUCGACGUGUCUUUUAAUCCUGUCGACAAAAAUCCAAACUAUAAUUUUAUUGACGUUAUUAAAAGUCUUAGCAAAGUAAGAUCACAUACGCCAACUAUUUAUUUAAGAAAUAUUUAUAAGGACGGUAAUGUAUUGAAGAAUAUGGAAAUACGUAAAACUGAGGAGAAUCUAGUGGUCAUUGAACGUUGGUAUCCACGUAGGAACACUUGUGUAUUUGUAGGCAAUCUAGGCAGUGUAUCAAUUACAACUGAUCUGUCUACUAUGUUUUAUGGUGGCACUGUUAUAGCUGGCACCAAUGUCUCUCUAGUUGGUGAAGUUAUUUAUUUCGAUAAAGUCACUUUUCCUCCGAAUUCUGCUAUUGUUUUGAAGUUAGAGAAAUAAAUGUAGGCUUCAAGUAUUUUAAAAGUUAUAUGAGUAAUCGAUAAAUUAUUUUGAAUUUUUUUAAUGAUCUGUUAUCACUAAUGAAUCUCGGGCUUCCGAAUAUUUAGGUAUUGUUUUAUUUAAGUGUAACAGUAUUAAUCAAUUUUUGUUGUGAUGUAACACUUUACCAUAAUGUUUGUUACUAUUACUUUUGUUUUACCCUUGGUUAAGAUUGUAAUGAAGAUAUAUUUACUAACAGUACUUAUUUUAGUAUUAGGAGUUAAUUAAUUUUGCAACAAUGUUUGUUGCAUAUAUUGUACUCAUUAUCGUAGAUCUGAAAUACCAUGUGACAUAGUUAUAAAUUCAAAUUAUAGUUCCUUAUUUACCAAAGAAAUUUUGUGUGAUAUUUUGUAUUUAAAAAUACAGGAAAGGCACGUACUUAUAAAAAAAAAACAAUGUCAGAG